AAAUGGUGAAGAAAUUACGGAAAAAAAAGGAAGUUGAAUCUUGUUUGUCACAUCUCCUAGUGAUGAUUAAUAUCGUGUAUUUUGAACCAAGAAAGACCGAUGUCAGACCGGGCGAGGAUUAGAAAUUGACUAAACCGGACUUGGUAAACAACACUUAAAUCUCCAUUAAAUUGGGGAAAUUGUGGAGGAAGUCACCAAAAAUGGCGAAAAAUGUUGGAAGCGACGAGAGCGAGUUCGGCAGUGUAACUUCCUCUCAGGUAUCUUUCCUUAAGAACUGCCCCUUCGCCGAUCCUCUCGCCGGAGUGGAAGAAGACACUGACUCGGACGGCACGGAGGUUCUCGGGACCCCGAUGUCGCAGCCGGUUACACAUACUCCGAUCCUCUCGCUUUCGACUCCGAUCAGCCUCGAUUCAAUCAACGAUGAGGACGUGUUCCGUACUCCUCCCGAGAACGCGUCUCUCUCCUCCUCCGCAGCCGGAUCCGAGCCCAGAGCUAGGGCUUCGGAGCUCAAACCUCGACGAGGAGGAGGAGGAGGUUCGAAAUCGAAAUCGAAAUCGAAAUCUCCGUCGCGUGUUUCUGCUUCACCGUCUCUCACGGAGGUGCCGCCUCUUUCUUCUCCGUCAUCUUUCGCGGCCGCCGAUGUUAGGGUUACAAGAAGCCAUUUCGAUUCCAAAUCGCCUUCUCCCCCGACUGUUUCCGCCGGCGAUGUUAGGGUUCCGGGAAAGCAGCCGGAUCUCGAUUCUUCUUCUCCUGAGUCUGCAGCUGCAAUUGAUGAUUAUGAAAUUGAGAUUCCAUUCAAAGAAGUUAUCGAAGCUCUUCUUCGUAACAAUGGAGAGAAUCUCGACGAAAGAGAUGAAAGAGUUAGCUACGUUGAGAUCCUCAAACGAUUUGGCCUUAAGUUUCCCUAAAUAGAUAACGAAUCCAA